ACAUCAAACUCAUUUCAUCCCCAAUCAUCACAAUCUCUAAACCUCAAACCCUAAAAUAAAUUAACAAAGAUCUACGUAAGAAGGAGAAGAGAGAAGAAUGGGUCGCCAAAACGUUAUCGUCGUGGUCGCCCUCGUCUUCAUGGCCAUCCUUGGGCUAGCAGCAGCUGCCUCCUCUCCAUCUCCUUCAGCGUCUCCCUCCAAAGCUCCGGCUGCCUCCAAAACUGAUCAUGACGUCGAACCUCCAGUCACCGAUGACCAAAUCGGAACUACCGACGACGAUUCAGCUGCAGCUCCAGGUGAUGAUGACGUUGCAGUGGCUGGUCCUGUAGGAAGUGACUCCUCCUACGCUAGCAAUGGACCCUCAGGCUCUGACGAUUCUGCCGACAAAGGUGGUGCGGCUGCUCUCGGCGUCUCUGCCGUCGUCGUUGGUGUUACAUCCAUCGCCGGUUCUUUCUUGUUGUUCUAAGGUGGGCAUUGUUAUGAUAAGAAGCUUAUUCUGAAAGAUUAUUAUUUAUAUGUAUGGAUGAUUGUGAUGAUCUUGUAUAUUGUUUCUCUGUUGUUAUGAGAAACGUUAUCUUUGGAAUAAUACCGGGAAAUGAAAAAAAAAAA